UUCACUUUUACCGUCUUGAAAAAAAAAAAAAAAAAAAAUAACUUUUUUUACGCACAAUCUAUAUAAUAUGGGAAUUAUAUUAUCACAUUUUAGUGGUAGGGUAAAUGGUGACGCAACGGUGCCAGAUUUGAACCUCGACCUUGAAAAUGCCACACCAACACAGGAGGAAUCAGAUCUUUAUGGACAUGUUUCUGAACUCCUCCGACCAGUCAAUGACCUUUUAGAUUCUUUACGACAUUAUGAAGGAUGCGGAGAUCUAAUUAGAAAAGCAAUAUCCAAUCCUACACCUGACAAUGAAGAAGAAGCUUGGCAAGCUGUUCAACCAGCAGUUGCAAAAUUAAAACAAUAUUUUGAGUAUUCUGCUUCCUUGGAGGAUGCUUAUCCUAAAUUAUUAAAAAUACUAUGUGAAGGGAAUGUUCGAAAAAAUAUUGAACAAUAUCAAGCACUUACAAAAUUGUUAGCAGAAAUACUGGAUUUUGCCUUUGAAUUCGACUAUUUGAAGAUGAAAACACCAUCAAUUCAAAAUGACUUUUCUUAUUAUCGACGAACACUGAGUCGAGGAAAAUUAGCAAAUGAAACGGAUUUAAAAACCGCAAUGAUUGAGGACGAAUUGGCAAACCGAAUUUCCUUAUUUUAUGCAUAUCCUACACCAAUGCUGAAGACAGUUACAGACGUAACGGCACUUUUUGUCAGUAAGAAUAACCUUGGCAGAAGUGUAUCGGAAUGUCUAUCACUAUUGGCAGCAGCGUGUUAUCAUGCAGUCACAAAAAAGAGAACUCAACGAACUGAUUUUUUUUUACGAGUAAUGGUUGUAUCCAUUAUUUUAUAUGACCACAUCGAUCCUCAAGGAGCAUUUAUUAAACAAUCACCGAUUAAUAUAAAAUCAUCAGUAAAAGCCAUUCAAACUCACGGUAUAAAUGAAUACUCAAAUUUGAUGUCUGCCUUACGUUUUAAUACCAAACAUUUAAAUGAUGAAACUACUCCAAAAAAUAUAAAGCAGUUAUUGAGUAGCCAUUAAUUUUAUAUGUUAUAUUUUUGUUUUAAUAGUUUUUUUUUCAUUAUUUUGUUUUUAUUGUUACUUUUACAUCUUGUUCAAUUUAUUAUUAUUUUUUAAUUGAGAAUGGGAGACCGAAGUGGGCUGGACCUGCUUGCUUACCCCUUUAAGUUUGAUUUUGUAGGAAAUUUAUUAUGUACCUAUUAUUGUUUCUUUUUUUUUCGGGCGAGCAAGUAGCUCCAAUCAAUGUAUUUUUUAAUUUUUUGAAUUACCUUAAAUGGUUAUAAUUAUUCUAAACUAUGUAGAUAUUUACUGGUUUUCCCAAUUUAUUUACCAUAAAAUAACAUGGUGUAUAUUACGGGAAGUUGAGUAUAACUUUAACUUGACAAAAUUGAUUAUUAAUUUAACAUGCUUUUUUUAAUAGUCUCACCCGAAUUUAGUAAUUUACAUUGAAUAAAAAAAUUAUUAUUAAUUAU